AUGAACCUAAUCACAACAAUUUUAGCAAUCGCAACUGCCUUAUCACUCGUGCUAAUGACCGUCUCCUUCUGACUUCCACAGAUGACCCCUGAUGCAGAGAAGCUAUCACCCUACGAAUGCGGCUUUGACCCCCUUGGCUCCGCCCGCCUGCCAUUUUCUAUGCGAUUCUUCUUGGUUGCAAUUCUUUUCCUGCUGUUUGACUUGGAAAUCGCUUUACUCCUCCCCCUCCCAUGAGGAAAUCAACUCUUAGAACCUAAAACGACUUUGAUCUGAGUAAUUGCCGUGCUUGGGCUUCUUACCCUUGGGCUCGUCUACGAGUGACUUCAAGGGGGGCUUGAGUGAGCCGAAU